AUGGACAACUUCGACGACUACAGACCGUGUCCGGAUGGAAGGGAAAUUGAUCGCACGAUUGUCCUAAUGGGUCGGACAGGCAAGGGCAAGUCCACUCUGGCAAACGUCAUUGCCGGUCGAUACAAGGGUGACUUGUUCCCGGAGUCCAGCUCUCCGACCAGCAAGACCGAGGGCUUACCGACGCACACCGUCCUUGUGCCGUACGCAGGCCGCGAGUACGCAGUGAAGAUCAUCGACACCAUCGGAUUCUGCGACAACCGCUUCACGGAGGAGCAGGUGCUACUGGAGCUUGCGCAUCUGGCACACAAGUGCAGCGGCGGGAUCAACCAGAUUAUCUUCGUCACCAACGGCCGAUUCACCCAGGAAGAGCGACAGGCCUCCGAUUCUGUCAUUGACGUGAUCUUUCAGCCGCAAGUGGCGCCCUUUUGCACCCUGGUUCGCACGCGAACGCCGGGCGGGGAGCUGCGAGAAGACGUCAUCUCGGCCAAGACACAGGCCUACAAGGAGGAGUCGGUCGCUCUGCACCCCAGCCUGGGGCGCAUCAACACUUUCCUCAUGGUCAGCAACCCAGACGACGGAGAUGACCACAGUUACAAGGUACGCAGCAGAACUCGAAAGCGUAUGGUCGAGCAUAUCAUUUUGCAUUACCAGGCUGUUUACGUUCCACCUCUGUUUGCCGAAGUCAAGGGCCGGAUCGAUGGCCAUAUUCAGGAGAAGACCGCGACCGAGCGCAAACUCCAGCAGCUAGAGGAGGACCUGGCGGCGGCGCGCAUCAGCAAGGAGGAUUACGAAAAGCAGAACGCUGCGGAGUUGGCAGAGCUCAAGCGCAUCAAUGGCGAGCUGACUUCAAAGGUCAAGAAGGAAAUGCCGUGGUGGAAAACAGCCUUGAACAUGUUCACACAAGUAGCUAGCUCAGUUUUAUUUGGACCAGUAGGAGGCAAAGCAAUUAGCUCCGCGCUUUUUCCUGCGUAA